GAGCUAAGAAAGUUGACCGUCGAAAUAUUAUUACUUGCUGCCAUCUCGACGCUUGCAGUUCAAAGGAGAACGCACAUACGAGUCAGCAGACGAGACUCAUUACGUCGAAAUAAUAAAUAAUUUUGGAAAUUAUCGCAUCCUAUUGCAAGUCACUAUAGCAUCACAUUACAAUGGCAACACCGACGCACGAAUUUAAUGUGGAAAUGUCCUGCACCGGUUGCUCUGGUGCGGUGGAACGGGUCCUCAGUAAGCUAAAAGAAAAGGUCAAAAGGGUUGAGGUCGAUUUGAUAAACAAGAAGGUGUUCGUAACGUCUUCACUGUCUUCGGACGAACUGUUGGAGACUAUCAAGAAGACAGGCAAAGAAACAAACUACGUUGGACUGAAAGCAUAGAACGCAAUGCCAGGAUGUGACUCAGGGAUGUUCUCAAUGUUGUUUUUCCCGUUUUUAUUACUAUACUUUGCAGCUAUGAUAUGUAUAGAGCUGCAUUGCAUCACACUUUCUAGCGUCAGCGCAAAGGCAAAUUUAUUAGUAAAUAAUUGUGUUAUGAACAGUCAUAUCGAUUAAAACGGUAUUAAUAUCAGAAAAACGUAUCGCGGUUUCGACAUAAAAAUACGUUCAGAAAACAUGCAGCAAAUUCUGAUUUUCAAAGAAUCAUAAUAAUUAUUGAUUGUUCUUAAAUCAAUCGGAUAAAAAAUUAUAAUACAGGAUAACUAAUUUUUAAAAUGUAAGAUUAUAAAGUAAAUCAUAAAAUUAUUUCUUGAUUAGAUAUAUAAUCAGUUUUUGUUGCUGUUGCUGUUCGUAGACAAAACGCACUCAAGUUGGUAAACGAAAAAAUAAAUCAACUGUGUUAGAUUUUACAAAUGCAGAUACAUGGAACAGCAUGGUAGAUAUUUUGAAAUGUUUCCAAACAAAUAUGAAUUAAAUUAAUUUAAUUCUAAUUUGAUUGAGAUUCAGGAAAUUUUCAAAACUCUACAAGUAACUGAAACAAUUUGAAAAAAAAGUAUUCAUAAAUUAAAUCAUUUUCAUUGAUUCAGUGUUAUCUGUUUAGAUGUUAACUAAAUAAAUGAAAUGAAUGAAUGAAAUUAAAUCAUUGCUGCUGUCAUGUAAUUCGUACUGAAUAGAAUUUCUUCUUUUGCCAACUUGGAGCCGCCUACAAGACCGUAAUGCUAUGAAAAUAAAUCUGUUUAAUUAUUUACAAUUAAAAAAUAAACGUGUA